GUUAUUGUUGUGAACCAGGAAGCUCACUUCUUUCGAAAUUGGGUGUGUAAGUAACACCUUUAACAGAGACAUAAACUGCCUUUGUUACUCAUUUGGAUUCUUUAAAACGUGAGCUACAACAAUAUCUAGCUUAAUAAAUACCUUCCUCGGAAAAGAAAAGAAGAUUUUCCGCAACAGGAACCCUGCAUGGUUGGCGUGUCGUGCAGAGAUGGCGUUGGAGGAAGGGGCACGGAGCUGUCUGCUGCGCUUUCGCCACAGACUGGAGGAGGACAUCAAGCCGUCCUACCUGAUGGACCACAUGAUCAGUGACGGUGUGCUCACUGUAGAUGAGGAGGAGAGGGUCAAGACGCAGCCCACCAGGAAGGAUCAGGCUGUGGCUCUGCUGGAGCUACUGCUGAGGAAGGACAACCAGGCCUACAUCUCCUUCUAUAAUGCCCUGGUCAAUGAGGCAUACAAUGAUUUGGCCAAUCUGCUUUACGAUGACAUACCGCGCAUGUUACCCGACGCACACAAGAGCUCCGCUAAUGGCUACACACCUUAUGUCCAGACGGUGCUCAGUGAAGGCGGCGUACCACAGAGACCCGUGGUGUUUGUCAACAGACCAGAACUUGUGAACCGCGUCCGGGAGAAACUCUACUGGCUGCAGAAGGAGCCUGGCUGGGUCACCGUCUACGGCAUGGCUGGCUCGGGCAAAUCCGUCAUGGCUGCUGAGGCUGUCCGACACCACGGACUCAUCGAAGAGUGCUUUCCCGGAGGGAUCCACUGGCUGUCCAUCGGCCAGCUGGAAAAAACAGACUUACUAGUGAAGAUCCAGUCAUUGUGUUUCCGUCUGGAGCAGAGUCUGGAUUCCCAGUCUCUCCACCGGCCCCCCAACUCUCUGGACGAGGCCAAGGAGCGCCUGCGCUUCCUCACGCUGCGCAGAUAUUCAAGAUCUCUGCUGAUUCUUGAUGACAUCUGGGACAGCACAGUGCUGAAGGCGUUUGAUAUCCACUGUCGGAUACUUUUGACCACAAGAAACAGAAGCCUCGCUGACUCUGUUAGUGGUGCCAAAUAUGAGGUGGAAGUGGCGAGUGGUCUGGAUGAAAACAAGGGACUGGAGAUCCUCGCUCUGUACACUAAAACUGAACUCCUGGGACUUCCUGAGGAGGCUCGCAGCAUCGUCAGAGAAUGUAAAGGUUCCCCUCUGGUGGUGUCCCUGAUCGGGGCUCUGCUCAAAGAGAAACCAGACCGCUGGCGCUACUACCUCCGCCAGCUGCAGCAGAAGCAGUUCAAGCGUAUAAGGAAGUCGUCCUCUUACGACUACGACGCCCUCGACCAGGCCAUGGCGGCGAGCAUUGAAGUCCUACCUGAUGAACAUCGAGAACUCUACAAAGACCUCACUGUGAUAGAGAAGGACAUCAAAAUCCCUGCAAAGGUGCUGUCUGUUCUGUGGGACCUGGAGCCGGAGGAGGUGGAGGACAUUCUCGAGGACUUUGUCAACAAGUCUCUUCUUUUUGUGGACACUAACAAUAAACCCUACCUGUACUACCUCCAUGACCUCCAGCUGGACUUCCUGGUGGAGCAGAAUCGCACCCAGCUCGAGAGCCUCCACAGUAAGGUGGUGCAUCAGUACCAGCAGCACUACAGAGACGCUCCUCCCACCUCAGGAGAUGAGGAAUGUCUCUACUGGAUCAGAUUCCUGACCUACCACAUGGCCAAAGCCAACCUCUCCCAGGAGCUCUAUUCGCUCAUGUUUUCUCUGGACUGGGUCAGCAUCAAGGCCCAGAUCAUGGGUCCAGCUCACCUCAUCAAUGACUAUGUGGAGUACGGACCCAUUCUGGACAAAGAGAACAGUGAAGUGCGCAGUCAGUUCCAGGAGUUUCUGUCUCAGAACGGCCACCAGCUGGAGCAGCGUCCGUUCCCCGACGUGGUGCAGCUCGCUCUGUCUCAGCCUCACACCUCCGAGGUCUACAAACAGGCACUGCUGCAAGCACAGGACCGGGCCGCCACGGGGAAACUCUAUUUUGACUGGCUGAAUAAGAGCAGCGUAGAGAGUCUGUCCCGUCUGGUGAUCCACCCCCACCAGGGCUCCAUCUACUCCGCCUGCUUCUCCCAGGAUGGAGCCAGGAUCGCCUCCUGUGGAGCCAGCAAGACACUCAAAGUGUUUAAAAGCAACACGGGUGAGAAGCUCACAGAGAUCCAGGCCCAUGACGAUGAGGUGCUCUGCUGUGCCUUCUCCCCUGACGACCGUCUCCUAGCAACCUGCUCCAGCGACAGGAAAGUCAAGGUGUGGAACGUGGAGCGAGCCAUGCUGCUGAGGGUCUUUGAGGAGGAGCAUGAGGAGCAGGUCAACCACUGUCAGUUCACCAACACGACACAUCGCCAACUGCUGGCCACCUGCUCCAACGACAAGUUCUUGAAUGUCAAGCUAUGGAACCUCAACAAGCCGUCCUCCCAAAACACCAUGUUUGGCCACUUUGAGCCAGUCAACCACUGCUGUUUCUCCCCUGAUGACACUUAUGUGUCCACUUCCUCCAACGACGGGACCGUUAAGCUAUUUCAGGUGUCGUCCGCCAACGAGUGGAAGACAAUCAAUGUGAGAGACAUGUUUACAGAGAGUGACGAAGAGGUCCUCGUGAAGUGCAGCACCUGGACCGCUGACGGCAAACGCAUCAUAUGUGCAGCCAGGAACGCCGCUCUGGUGUUUGACGUGGAGACGUCGGACAUGUUGUUGGAGAUCAGAACGAAUCGUCUGAGCAUAGUGCAGUACUGUCACGCCUGUCCCACUAGUAACCUGCUGGCAAUCGCAUUCUCAAACUACGCGGUGGAGCUGUGGGACUUGGAGGCCAAUAAGAAGAUGGCUGACUGCAGUGGUCACCUGAGUUGGGUCCAGCGUGUCCAGUUCUCUCGUGACGGCUCCCAGCUGCUCUCCUGCUCUGACGACCAGACCGUCAGGCUAUGGGAGACUAAGAAGGUGCACACCUCCUCAGCUGACUGCCUGAAAAGAGACUCUGACGUCCUCUUCAAUGAUGAAGAAAUCAUAGUGUCGGCCGCAGACAACUGCAACAGACUGCAGGUGCGUGAUGGCAGGACGGGAUCAGUGCUGUUCCAGUCGGAGGAGAAGUCGUCAAGGAUCCGGUGUACGUGUAUGUGCAGACAGCCCUCUGCUGUGGCCCUGGGUCAGGAGGACGGCACCGUACAGGCAGCAGGGCUGACAGCUAGUCAGGUACUGAGGAGAGUCGGCUGCAGGAUCCGACGACUGUUGACCUCCUUCAGGGGGUCGAUGCUGGCUGUAGGGCUACACACAGGCAGGGUGCAGGUGUUGGAGGUGCCCUCUGGGAAGCUCCUAGCCACCCUGCUGGGACACACCAAGACGGUGCUGCACUGCCGCUUCAGCCAGAACGGCCAAACACUUAUCACGUCCUCCGAGGACACCACCAUACGGGUGUGGAGGUGGCAGUCUGGGGAGUGUAAAGUACUGCAGGGUCACAAGGAACAGGUCCGAUGCUUCUCUCUGCUCUCCACCUCGCCCGCCGACACAAGACUGCUGUCCUGGUCCUUCGACGGCACUGUCAAGUUGUGGGACACCGAAAGUGGAGAGAAGCUGCAGGACAUCGAGGCUCACCGGGGAGCCAUCCUGUCCUGUCACGUCUCGCCAGACGGAUGCCUCUUCGCCACCACCUCUGCUGACAAGACUGCUAAGUUGUGGCACUGUGAAUCUUGGCAGUGUAUCCACACGCUGAGCGGCCACCAAGACUGCGUCCGAAGCUGCCGGUUCUCCUGGGACAGCCGACGCCUCGCGACAGGAGACGACAACGGAGAGAUUCGGCUCUGGAGUGUCAAGGACGGCUCUCUGCUGAGGAUUUGUUCCCGUGAAGGUAAAGACGGCAUGGACUCGCUCCACGGAGGCUGGGUGACUGACCUGCACUUCUCCCCAGACAACUCUCUUCUGGUCUCCACUGGCGGCUACAUCAAGUGGUGGGAUGUGGAGAAAGGCGAGGCGCUGCAGACCUUCUUUCCGACGGGAACGGCGUUGAAGAGGAUCCACAUCUCGUCCGACUUCUCCACCUUCGUCACCAUCGACAGUAUCGGCAUCCUCUACAUCCUGCAGAGGGUGGUAUGAAGACUAAAAAAAAGAAAGGAACAAGACAACACAAUCUAACCAAACACUACUUUUGUCUUCUGUACUCAGAAGUAGUUGUUGCAUUAAGGACACUUGCAGGAGGCUAAACUGAAAGCAAUAGCAUCCCAGAGCAGCACACGUCUCAGCUACUACGUUUACAUUUCAACUACACUCUUUCUUCAGCAUUACAAUAAAACAGCCACUCAGUUUCACUUCUGACUCCACUAACUUUACCAGUUUACACCAGCAUUAAAUGAAAAAUGCAGCUACAUGACAGUUCAGAGAGUCUUACGAUUCCUGCUUCAGUCCCUCUGUUUUACACACGAAGACACUAGAUGAUUUUUGUAGAUGAAAUAGAGCAGAAUCUCUUAUAAAAAAACAAGGAAAGGUGCAUUAAAAAGCAGCGUUUGUGACGAUCAGGUCUUCUCGAGCUGACCUUUUGAAUCAUUAGUAAAUAGGUUGAUAUCAACAGGUUAUAGAUAUGUGAUCCUUGCAUCAAAUGUGAAUAAUACAUGUUAAUCUAUAUUGCAUUAUGGCUGAGCAUUAUUGCAUGUGAUGUGAGAGGUUUUCAUCUCCGCUGUAUGUGAUGAUAUACGCUAUCGUGCCGUUAGAAGACACACGCUGUGAUGUUUUUUUAACUUUAAUGUUUCAUAUUUAUGUUUGAGGGUUAAUCUUGUGUGUCUGGUCUAAACUCGGUCGUUGCUAUGAAUAGCUUUUGAGCCUUUUAUUUACACUGCAGCCUUAUAGCCUGAAUGUGAAUACCGUCGGUACUGGAGGGGAUGUGUGUUUUGUGUGCAUGGGUUUUGCCUUCUCAAUCCACCAGCAUAGAUGGGACUUCUGGUGCACUUUGAAAAGCAUUAAAAAUGGAUUAAGUUUUAAUGAUCAGGCAUUUGAAAUUGAAGCCUGCGAGUCUAUUUGUACAUCCGUACUAUUUGUACUUUUGAAUUUAGAUCAGAAAGUUGCAGACUGUGAUUUAUAAUGUAUAAUCAAAUUUCCACUUGCUAAUGUUAAAAGGCACUUUUUGUGCUUUAUGAAUUACUUAUUUUUUUAUUUUGUGCCAGCUUUAACUCUCUAUAACAGUUUUUUUAUCUGCACGUCUAACUACUGAGCCUUUUCCUGUUCUGAGCACUUUGAAACAGGAGGUACAAUCUUUCAUGAAGCUUUUGCUAAUGCAGCUUUGUCCCGACACAUAAAAAUGGAUCCUUACUUUCAUUUGACCAAACAGAUGAGUGCUGUUUCUCGAUAAAUUGAUAAAUAUAAGGAUGCAUUUCAACAUUUCUGAACAAUGCUGUUGACAUUUUCACGCUGUGCUCUUCCUGAUUGGUGCUUUAAAUUCAAUCAACAGAUUUCCUUCCAGUGAGGAGGUCUCUGUCUAACAAAAUCGCUGAAAUAUUGAUGUCUGCUCAGGAUGUAUUGAUACUGUUUUGAUAUACGGUGUGGUGCAAUGUGAGUGUAAUUUAUAAAAGAUUAAACUACACAACGCUAUGAUGAUGA